GUUUGGUAUCCUGGACCGAUGUAAGGAACUGGUGGAGGCUGGUUACGAUGUGAGGCAGCCUGACAAGGAGAAUGUCUCCCUCUUACACUGGGCAGCCAUCAACAACCGUGCGGAGGUGGUCAAGUAAGGGCUCUACAUCAAACACGUUUCUGGUUAGGACUUAGGCAUCUCACUGUAGUUUUAGAUUUUAAGCGUUUACUUUUUUCUUACAAACUGAACAAUCCAACAUCAUUCCCAAAGAGGAGCCCAUGCUAAGCGUAAGAUUCCUGUGCAAAGACAUAUGUAGUUGUAGUUUUAAGAUGUCCUUUCAAUGCUCUUUCAUAGGUAUUAUAUAUCCAAAGGGGCCGUCAUAGACCAGCUAGGUGGUGACCUGAACUCCACACCCCUGCAUUGGGCCAUAAGGUAAUUGCUUUGUUGGUAGGCAAGGUCCCCCCUCUCUCCCUCUCUGUCCACCCUUACAGUUUCGGUCAAAUAUAUUGGCACCCUUACAUUAUUUACUAUUUCUUCUCGGUUAAGUUUAAAUGGAAAACACGCAUUGUUCACAAGUGUAUUUGUUUGAUUUACAACUGCAUACGACCAAGAAAAAAAUAAAACUGAAAUUAUGAUUUUUCACUUCAAAGUCAAAAAUGGCCUGGACUAAAUUAUUCAAAUGAAUUUGGUUGGAGGCAAGUUAUCUAAUUUCACAGAAUUGUCCAUUUAAAAAAAAUGUAGCCAAUUUAUUCAUUACUACAUUUAGCAUUUAGUUAAUCCAGAGAUUCUUACCUUUGCCUCGAUUCGGCAGUCUCGUCCAGAUCUUCAUGGCAUUUAUAGUCCUUUAUGAUAGCCACAUUAGCAUUUCAUUUUUUGGGGGGUAAAUACAGGCGAAUAUAAUGAUAAAAGUCACCUUGUCCGAGAGAGAUUUACACGGUUAUCAAAACGUCACACCAGGGUAAGCCUACACGAAACACAGCCCUUUAUUUUAAGUGUUUCUAAAAUCCCCUAUGGGGAAAAAUGAAUGGUGGAAAAAGUGUUAGGGGGCCAAUAUAUUUGACCGGAUCUGUACCGACAUAGUGCUAAGAAGGUUUUCAAUCAGAUUGAGCUGUGUAAGGAUAUCAGGGAUAAAAUUGUAGACCUGCACAAGGCUGGGAUGGGCUACAGGACAAUAGGCAAGCAGCUUGGUGAGAAGGCAACAACUGUUGGCGCAAUUAUUAGAAAAUGGAAGAAGUUCAAGAUGACGGUCAAUCACCCUCGGUCUGGGGCUCCAUGCAAGAUCUCACCUCGUGGGGCAUCAAUGAUCAUGAGGAAGGUGAGGGAUCAGCCUAGAACUACACGGCAGGACCUGGUCAAUGACCUGAAGAGAGCUGGGACCACAGUCUCAAAGAAAACCAUUAGUAACACACUACGCCGUCAUGGAUUAAAAUCCUGCAGCGCACGCAAGGUCCCCCUGCUUAAGCCAGAGCAUGUCCAGGCCCGUCUGAAGUUUGCCAAUGACCAUCUGGAUGAUCCAGAGGAGGAAUGGGAGAAGGUCAUGUGGUCUGAUGAGACAAAAAUAGAGCUUUUUGGUCUAAACUCCACUCGCCAUGUUUGGAGGAAGAAGAAGGAUGAGUACAGCCCCAAGAACACCAUUCCAACCGUUAAGCAUGGAGGUGGAAACAUCAUUCUUUGGGGAUGCUUUUCUGCAAAGGGGACAGGACGACUGCACCGUAUUGAGGGGAGGAUGGAUGGGGCCAUGUAUCGCGAGAUCUUGGCCAACAACCUCCUUCCCUCAGUAAGAGUAUUGAAGGCUGGCUGGGUCUUCCAGCAUGACAACGACCCGGAACACACAGCCAGGGCAACUAAGGAGUGGCUCCAUAAGAAGCAUCUCAAGGUCCUGGAGUGGCCUAGCCAGUCUCCAGACCUGAACCCAAUAGAAAAUCUUUGGAGGGGAGCUGAAGGUCUGUAUGGAGGAGUGGGCAAAAAUCCCUGCUGCAGUGUGUGCAAACCUGGUCAAGACCUACAGGAAACGUAUGAUCUCUGUAAUUGCAAACUAAGGUUUCUGUACCAAAUAUUAAGUUCUGCUUUUCUGAUGUAUCAAAUACUUAUGUCAUGCAAUAAAAUUAAUUGUGUUAUGGGGUACAUAUGAAUAUGGUUUGAUGACUUAUGUAUGGUUGUCUGUGGACAGGCAGGGCCACCUCUCCAUGGUGAUCCAGCUGCUUCGGUACGGAGCCGACCCAUCUGUGGCCGACGGGGAGGGCUACCGCAGCCUGCAUCUGGCAAUCCUCUUCCAACACAUGCCCAUAGCAGCCUACCUCAUGGCCAAGGGGCAGGUGAGACUCUUUCUCUCUUGCGCUCUCUUUUUCUCGCUCAGCCUCACACUCUCCUUCUCUCUCUUAUUCUUGUGCUUUCUCAUCCUUACUUUCUCCUUUAUUCUCCCUCUUCAAUCUAACAUGCCCUUUUUUUCACGAGUGUUGAGUUAUGGAGCUUUUUUGUUGUUGCUGUUUUAUAGGAAGUUGACCUUCCUGACUCAAAUGGGCAGACACCCCUGAUGUUGGCUGCACAGAAAAUCAUUGGGUACGUUUCCCUGCAACCCAAUGAUUAUUUGUUUCUUUUCCAUGUAUGCUUACAAUAACAUGUCCUCAGUAACUGGCCUAUUGGGCUGUUUUGGUAAUGUACUACUAAGAAAGGUCAUGGUUAGUGUUAGGGUGGGGAGAUCUGAAGUCAAUAAACCAAUCAUUUAAUGCAGGCCCGAGCCCACUAACUUCCUGAUGAAGUGCAAUGCGUCAGUGAGUGCUGUGGACAAAGUGAACAGGAACUCUCCGCUGCACUGUGCCGUGCUGGCGGGAAACGUAGACGCCGCCCACAUCCUGCUGGAGGCCGAGGCUAGCGUGGAUGCCGAGAACGCCAACGUGAGAGCUUGAUCCCACACCCACACUAAUUAAUUAUGUCAUCAAUGUCAGCUCCUGGAGGACACUAUUAUGGCUGCCAUAGAGCGAUGGGUUAUCUUCACACACAGUUACACACCUCAGGGUGGGGGGGGGGGGGGGGUUAUAAAUUCAUAGACUAAAUCGAUGCAUGCAUCAUACUCAGGAUGUUACUAACAUAUAAGGCUCUGAGAUACAUGUGUUGGGGUAUUAGAAAGAUGACCAUGUUCUUAUUUAUUUGCUAUAGUGAAUAUAAUGAAGGACUAUAGUGUGUGAGGUUAACUAAGGAUUUGUGUGAUGAUGUGACUGCUGUAUUUAUCUCCUCAGGGUCACACUCCCAUAGACCUGGCCCACCAGGUGCACAGCCCCCUGCUCAUCCACAUGCUCAACCACAUCAAGCAGGAGAGGAUACGCGCCAACUCCCGCUGCAUGCGCCUAGUUAACCCAUACAGGGUAUGGACACCCCACACACACUUUCUCUCUGCCUACGUUACUUCAACACACACAGGGUGUGGGCACUACACUUUCAUAUACUCAGUAAAUGCCUAUGAGAGAUGUUGACCCAUACUUCCAGUAUUAUGUGUGUGUGUGAGAGCAUGGGGGAGAACAAGAUAACAAUAAUUAACCUCGGGUUAAAAUAGAGAUGCCAACGCUGCAGUUUUCCUGGCAUUGUGGUUGAAAUUAAUAUUAGUAUAUUUACGUGAUUCUUUCUCUCUGCCCUUGUCUCUCUUUAGGUGUGUCUUCAGUUUAUCUUCUGCGUUGCUGUGCUGGGCAGUGUGGGAGCGAUAGCUGACUUGAGCUCAGAAUCCUGGCUGCUGAAAGGGGUUCUGCUGGCCUGUGUGAUGGCUGUGGCCAACCUGGCCCAACGGUGAGAACGCACGUUGGCCGCCCGUGGUCAAUCCAGUAGACAAGACCGCACACCAUCACAGCGGUUAGGGUUGAUCAACUGUUCUUCAUCUGCUAGUUAACUGAGAUGCAUUGAGAGAUCUGCAGUGCACCCCUUGUCUAGAGCUCUGUUGUUAUUACUAGGGACCUCUGCAAGAUAGCACUCAAAUACUGACUCUAGUAGCCUGCUUUUAUUCAUACUGUCUGUGCUUGGUUCUGUCAAGUCUCCCUGGGCAGUCGUUUGCUUAGAUGACUGCUCAUUAAGUAGAAAAUGUACUCUAGGAGCACUUAUGUCACAACUCAUUUUACAUUUUCAUACAAGACUGCUAUUAGUUGAAACAAUAUUAUAACGUGUACAAUAAUAAGUGUGCUUGUGCGCACUUACAGGCAGUUGGCGAGCCGGGCCCUGCAGUCGCUGGUUCCAGCUACAUCUCUCAUGGCAUCAGUCUUCUGGAUGCUGGUCACCUGGUGCCUGUGGUUCCUGCCUGAUAUCCUUUAACACAGGGCCUCUAUUGACACUCACACUCCAACCCAGCAUGUAACACUGUACUGAAUCAACACUAAAACGCUACCCUGUCAUUGACUGUCCAUCUCAGUCUAGUUCAGUCCAGCCCAUUCUAGUCCAGCCUAACCAAGAACAUCUCUUUUAAAAAUAUUUUUUUGAAGGAGAACCGGAGCUCCUUCCUCCUUGCGUAUUUGAUCAGAUGGCAGGUAGGGUACAGUGUAUACAGGGGAGAUGGCACGAAAGUAUGGGGUUCAGGUGGUAUUUUCUACUCAUGCCACUGUGGGCAAUAUGUGCUUGCGAGGCUGCAGCACUACCGCUGCGCCGCGCUCUUGCGCCAAGUCCAUCUCAGUCCAGUAUCAUGGUUUAGGUGUUAAAGUAGUUAAUGCAAUAUACUGUGUUUCAUACCCCUAAAAUUCAAAUCUCAACUUCAGUCAGUUGCUUUUUUUUCCCAUUCAUCCCCUCUAAUCAGGGACUUAUUUAGUCCUGGGACACCAGGUGGGUGCAAUUUUAAUGAUCAGGUAGAACAUGACCUCCAGGGUAGGAUUGUAAUACACCUACUGUAUGUGGUGCGAUGUUAUGUCCUUAACCCGUCUCCCUACAUGGUCCCAGUGCCAUGCUACAGGUGUUGUUCACUUUCAACGCCACUGCUCUGCUCUACUACUACCUCCGCUCCUGUAGGACUGACCCCGGCAUCGUCAAGGCAACCGAGGAAGAGAAAAGGAUGGUAAGGAGCAGGACAUCGGAAAAAAGGUGUUCUAUCACUGUUGUUUUGUUUUUAAAGACUGGUAGAAAAACAUUAUGGACAGGUCACAAUGUUUACCCUGGUCUGGCUAGAGGGGUAGUUGGCAUGUGACAUGGCUGCCAAUCUACUUCAAUGACAUAUGGAUGUUGUUGGUCUUCUGUGUCUCCUACAGAAUGUGGUGUUGCUGGCAGAGGCAGGCUGCUUGGACCCCAGGAUCUUCUGCACUUCCUGUAUGGUAAGCCACAAGGACCAAAAUAGACCAGUCACAUUCUAACACAUUUACUCAAACCAUAGCUAUUAGCGAGAUAGCGGGAUACCGAAGACCUCCAAUUAACAAAUAUGUUUGCUCAAGCUAUCACUUUAGGAAAUGUGGUGAUAUGAAGAAAUGCUGAUUGGUUGAUUUGUUUCGGUUAUGCAGAUGAAGAAGCCCAUGAGGGCCAAUCACUGCUUCUCCUGUGAUGCCUGUGUGGCAAAACAGGAUCAUCACUCCUUCUGGAUCAAUGGCUGCAUAGGUAACUAAAACCACAUAGUAUAUAUAUUUCUGUCUAUUAUAGAUAUAGUUUGUAGGAUAAUCUACACUAAGCCUCAGUAUGCACUAAUAGGGUUGUGUAGUGGAAUACAAUCGUUGUAGUGGCAGUCAACUAGUAUUUGAACACUUGGAAAUACAGUAUGCUUCUGAGAUUAGCUGACUCAAAUACACAGCCAGCAUUUGCCACUUUGUCAGCACCAGAGUUUUACGUUUUAAUGACAAAGUUUCGGUCUUCUCUUUCUCUCACCCAUCCUUACUUUCUUCAGGUGCCAGGAAUCACCACUUCUUUGUUCUCUUCCUCCUCUCUCUCUGCCUGAUGGGAGCGUGGAUGUUCUACGGAUGUCUCAUGUGUGAGUGACAGUCUCAAUGAAUCACAUAGACAAUAGCACUUUAUUUGUGUACAUGCAUUAUCUUCCUGCCUGACUUUCUCGUGUGUGUGUGUGUGUGUGUGUGUUGCCAGACUGGUCAAAGCACUGUCCGCUGCACUACCAGGAAGAGGGUGUGUGGGGUGCUAUCUCUGCCCUGGUGGACUGUUCUUCCUGGGUACUGGGCAUCUUCUGUGUAGCUUUCUUCCAUACCGCCUGGGCUUCCAUACUACUGGUCCUACAGCUCUACCAGGUAACUGUGUUUGUGUAGUAGCUAUAUGAUGCUACAAUGCUACCUCCACUGCAACAACUGUAGGCAUGUAGUAUUUGAAUAACUUCUUGAAACGCUGUUGUCUCAGAGCUGUGAAAGAAAACGACCGCAUUACUAUGUGCUCUCGAGCUACAAACACUAUUUGAUUUCCUCGUUUUGCUCGAGAUGCCAUUGUUUUCGCUGUGUGUUUAUUUUGAUUUGCUCAGAAUCAAACGCUGCGUGUAUUAUUCAUGAUUGAUGUGUUGCUGCUGUGCCUUCCCCAGGACAGUCCCCCCUGCUGGGCCCCCCUCACACUGAGACGCCUCUCACUGCCUUAAUGAUGCUGGGCUGGGAGGAGAGCUGGGCUGCUAUUUCUGUUGUCUUUUUGAGGAAAUAUUCAACGGAUGCAUUAUUUAUCGUUGUUUUAUCAUUCUUUUUUACGACAGGGACUUGUAAGCUAAAGUGACAAUUUGGAGGUAUAGUGGCAUUUCUAUUUUAGUUAGACGUGUGUGUGUUUGUGUCUGUCUGAACAGAUUGCGUUCUUCGGCCUGACCACCGCAGAGAGGGCAAACCUGAUGCUUCGUCAGAGGAAACUCCCACAAUCCAUCUCUCUCAGACAGAACCCUUACAAGUAAGUGGUCUUCAUCAGGCUAACCUGCCAAUUCAGUUUACUUGGUGACUAAAGCAAUAAGCAGUAUUCCCUCACACUAUUUAGGAUUGUAGCCCAGUGCUUCUCUCGCUCACUUUCUCCAUUCCUCUCUCUUUUCUUUCUCUCCCUCCAUAGUUUGGGUGUGGUGCGGAACCUGGUGUCGUUCUUCCAGCUGCGUUGCUGUGGGCUGUUCAAGCCCGCCAUGGUCGACUGGACCCAGCAGUACCCACCCGGCCGAGACCACAUGAUGUUCGGCCACCCCGACAUCGUCUGACCCCACAGGGUCAGAGGGCAGCUAGGACCUGGGUCCACUGUUGUUCUGGACCAAACGGAUGAAGCUUAUUCAUUUUUUUACCUUUUAUAUAUUUUGGACUGCCUGUGAUGAAACACCACUAUAAAGGGAAAUAGCACGGAGGAAGUUGUACUGACUUUAUUUUAUGAGUUUGCUCUUUGUACAGACUGCUGCUGCCUUACGCUGGUAUAUAUUAAUGAGGGGGGGGUCAAAUUAGCCUUAAUAUGGCUUAAAUUGUAUAUUAAGUUAGUCAUUGUUUUUAUGAAUAUAAAUAUAGUUCUAUUUUGAUCAAUGUGUUUUUUAAUGAAGAAGGAUCUUUUAAAUGUGUCUGUUUUACAGUGUUCGCAAGAGGCUGUAAGUGAGUUUUUUGAUUGAAGGACCAACACUGUAGACAGUUAAAGCAAAGCCUCACAUUGCUUUCAGUCACUGAACUCUUUUUAUUGGAGGAUACAGUACAUACAGUUUUCUAAUACUGGUCCUGUAGUACUGUACCUCUAAGUAUGCUGACUUUCUAUCCAGCCUCUCUCUUGACAGUGGGUACGCACCUGAGUCCAUGGCCGUUUCCAAUUCCCACUCCCAGAGGUGUGCGUUCGUUCACUCCCGCUUGUGGAUUUAGAAGAAAUGGAUGGGUGGAAGAAAUAUGGUGGACAGUGGACUGUUGGCAGUUGUUACACAAAUGGAGUGCUUUUACAUCCAUUAAGGGUGAACUAGUGCACACUAUUGGGAGAAGGCAAGGAAUCGGAACUCAACCCGUAUCUCAACAAUCCAAUAUUCAACCACUAUCCUAUCUACUAUGCUCUUCUAUUUCAACCUUAAAGCAACAGUCUGAGAUUUCCAGUCAUUUCGAUUAAUGACCAAUGGUCUUAUGUUAUCGUAACCAAAAACCAAAAUGAAAGACCU